AGUUGCGCGACAGCUACCGGUACGUUAAGAAGCCGCUCAACUACUCGAUAACUCAAUCGCUCUGUGCCGAUAUACACAACGAUUUGAAAAACAGAGUUUUGUUCGUUUUUCGGAUUUUCGCCGUUACAAGUUUUUUUUUUCGUCUGUUUUUGCUCGGCUCGUGGACAAAACACAAGUUUUUGUCAAUCAAUCUUCGUGCAGAAAAGACAUCGUUACAACUGGGAAAAAAUAAUCAUUUUUUUUCUGCGAAAAGUUCUUUAAAUCCUGUUUAUUUUUUAAGUCCACGUUUUUUUUAGUUGAAAAGAAAGAAGAAAUUUUUUUCUGUUUGUUUGCGGUGCAUAUCGUGAUUGUUAGUUGUGUUAUAUUUUUUGUCAUUCGAUCAAAAUUUUCGGUUGGUUCUGUUUUUUUUUUGCUUCAACUAAACGCGAAACAUUUCGAGAGAAGAAGAACUGUUGAAUGAAUAAAAUCAAGAUAAAAACAGACUGUUGACCUGAAUUGAUUGGAACAAAAAAUUAGAGAGAGUUUUAUGGAUUCAAAACUGAACAAAAACAAAAAAAAAUGCAUCCGAAGCUAAUGUGAGUCGGCCGAAACUCAAUUGAGAUUUGUUAAACCUUCGAAUCGCACAACAACAACAACUGAACCCAUUUGUGUGUGUGUGUGUGUGUUUCUUUUCGCUCAGUUUGCUCUCGUUCUCUUGAACUAUUCGAAGAAAGCGAGAGAAGAAGAAGAAGAAGAAUCAAAUCGCGUCGCACGAAACUGAAAAUAAGCCAACAACAAAAAAAUAAUAAUUCAAUUAGCCACAUAUCGAUACUGAGAUUAUGUGAUUAGUACGGAAAACAAUAAACAGUCACUAAGUAGCCGAAGUUCAUUUCAAAUCCCAAAACCGUUGACGACGACGACGACGAACAAGUCAAGAGAACGAAAAAGACGAAAAACAGCCGUAAGCACAGCAAGCCGGGGAGAAAAAAAGUGUUGGAAUAAACUCAUUAAUAGAAAAGAAAUUAGCAGCCGCCGUCGUCGCAACCGCCAACAAAAACGAUAAACGAAAAUAAGUCGAUCGAAAUAUGCAUCGACUGCACUGCGAUGAUGAAUGAAAUAAAAAUGAAGCAAACACAAAUCGAGUGCAUUCAGACAUUUUGUGUGGUGGCCAACGGUGAAAUUUACUAAGAACACCACCGACAAAAAGCGAGAGAGGGAGACAGAGAGUGCAACAACACACAUCGACCGACCGAUCACGCCAAGAAUGAACAGAAUUGCGUAAGUGAACAUUUAUGGCGAACGAAAUCGAUUAAUAAAAACUAAUUAAGAGAAGAAAAAAAACACCAAUAACAACACCCAGAAACAAUUGAAAUCACAAAAUCUGAACUCAACAAAUGCAAAUACAUUUUGCCAGAUUUUGAUUUAAAAAAAACAAGUUGAGCGAAGAAAAAAAAACAAACGAAAUCAAAAUUAAAUAGAAAAGAAAAUCUAUUAAGAAUAAGAAACAAGAAGUGAUAACAAAAGGGGAAAAAAUAUACCAAAUUAAUAUUAUUUUAAAAAAUCCCAAUUGAAUUAAGCAAUGACGGAAAACACGUAAAUUGUGUGAUAAACAACAAUAUUAAAAACGGCUGAAAAACUAAUUCAGUCGCCAGAAAGGCAUUUUAUGUGCAACAUAGCAGAGACUUGUUUCAUGUGAAAAAAAAUACAAAUUAUUUCUAAGACUGUCGAGUUUUGAUCAAGAACUAAGCAAUUAUUGUCGACUUUUGCUGAAAAAAAAAAAAUUGAACGCGUCAACAUUCUCAACGUACGAAUUCCGAGAUCUUCAUCAUCUGCGGCAGCAAUCAACGAUGGACUUUCAAAGUGCAAUGGAAACAUUUGCUGAAGCCUGGGUGGCAGCGAACGCUGGAGCAGUAGUUCCAACUCAGACUCAAGCGUUGGCAUUGACACGACCAAAAUCGGAAUUAGUAUUAUCACUGCAAAAUGAUUCGUCAUUAACGUCGGCGUCCGGCAAUAGUGCGACCAAAGACAGCUACGAACGGCAACAGCAACAGUUACAGUUGCAACAGCAGCAGCAGCAGCAGCAGCAACAGCAACAGUCGACACCAAAACAGACGUUGGCUCAACAGGAGCAAGCGUCACCACUUAAUAGCGAAAACAAAGCCCCAAAUGUGGAUCACAUCAAAAAUCAGCUUAUCAAUUUUGGAUCACAUGAAAAAGCGCCGCAUAAUGACAUUCGAGACGAACUAAAGCAGCAAAAAUCAUCAAUAUCAUCAUCAUCAAACCAACAGCAACAACAGCACCAGCACCAGCACCAGCAACAACAACAACAACACCAACAACAUCAUCAUCAACAGCAGCUGCAGCAACAGCAGCAAUCGAAUGCCAGCGAAAUGCGAGUUAGUCCAAAAACAAACUGCUUUAGUUUGUCAGGAGCAUCAGCUCAAUCGGAAACAGCAUUAGCUUCUAGCGAUGAUAAUACCAUAAGUGGUGGUAAUAAUCAACAACUAGCCGGUAAUUGUCCACCAACAACACCGUUAGCGGCCAUUUCAACAGCAACAAGUCCAUUAAACGAAAAUGGGACGGCGGCUGCUGCAGCGGCCGCUGCUGCCGCCGCUGCUGCCUACAUGCAAGACAAAUACCUACCAUCGUCGACCACAUCGCCAUCCGAUUUGCGCAAAGAGUUCGAUGCCAAAGUAAAUGUGAAAUCGUUGCCGUUACAUUGUAUAGUUGAAUCGAUAAGUUCAAUGCAAGCAUCGUUGUGCAUGGAAAAUCGCAAUCCAUGGAAGCGUAGACCAAACAUCGAAACCGAUAGCUAUGUUAUUGUACCAGCGGUAACACCAUUUGCCGAUAUCCUCGGCACGGCAUUACAACGAUUGGGCUAUUCAUCGGAUAUAGCGGCAACGGCACGUGGAUCCAUCAUCAUUAAAAACUGGAAACCAUUGCCAAUGGAAAAGAUUUCCGAUAAUCCAUUGGUGUCGGUCGGCGAUAUUCUUGGUGAAUUAACAUCCGUUGUUACGUUGCGCAUCGUGAUAUUGCGCACCAAACCAUCCUCAUUCACCGAAAUCAAAGACAAACUCCUCAAAUUACUAAUCCUACAAUCGCAUGCCGUUCUACGGUCGGCCGGAUGCCCGCUAGAUGAGAUAACCCUAUCGCAAAUCUGUCGAACGAAUUACCAAGGACCGUUUCCAUAUGCAAAUGAAAUAUCGGAGGAGACGUGCCGUGCAUUCGAUCAAUGGUGGAAUAAUCAAUUGGCACCGCAAACCAGUGCGGCCACACAAAAAUUGCUUCCAUUUAUAAACGCACAAAAGGCCAAUGUUGACUUGCAAACAGCGGCCGAUUUUCAAAUGCUUAGCAAUCGUAAUAUGCACACGAGCCGUGAAUCGUUGCUGGAUAAUCAUAAAACAAAUUUACACCAGCCACCGCAUCAUCAUAACAAUUUUAUUGUUCAUCCAGCACUGCAAACCGUUCAUUCACAGUAUUCCAAUCAAAAGACUCGCAUGCGGACCAGCUUCGAUCCGGAAAUGGAAUUACCAAAAUUACAACGAUGGUUCCAAGAGAAUCCACAUCCAUCGCGCCAACAAAUUCAAUCGUACGUAUUGCAAUUGAAUUCGUUGGAUUCGCGACGCGGUCGUAAGCCAUUGGAUGUGAAUAAUGUGGUGUAUUGGUUUAAAAAUGCACGCGCCGCACAAAAACGAGCCGAACUACGGGGGCAAGGUAUCGGUAAUGGAUUUACGGGCACCAAUCAGACUGACACAUUGCACGCUCAUAACAGUGAAUACAUGAAGAGUCCGCAGAGUAUAAAAUCGGACGAUAUGGAUAAUAUGUCACAGCAUUCCGAUGAUAUGGACGAAGAUCUUGAUCGUGCUGCAUCGCCACAAUUGCCAUUGUCGUUGACAACGCACGAACGUCGUCGAUCGACAUCAUCGGCUGAAGAGAAUCAAAUAAAAUCCGAACCGGAUUUCCCGAUUCGAUCACCGCUGCAGAAUAACAAUAACAUUCGAAAUGCGAUUAACAACAAUAACAACGGGCACAAUGAAUUGAUACGCGGUGAUCGGUACAGUGAUCCACGGUCAUCGGACGGGGCAAUGGCACAAAAUCGUUUGGACGACUCAAACAAUGCGGAUAAUGUAUCGGAUAAAUCACAACGACACAAUUCAAUCAAAGAUUCACCACAAUCCGAAGAGGAUUUAGACAUGGAAGAGUCCGAUGUUAAUCCAAUGGAUGAGUAUCGCCCAUCAUCACCAUCAUUUCCAAUUCUGCCCAAUUCAAUGUUUUCACACUCAAUCAUGUACAUGAGCCAUUAUAUACCGCAAAUUGGACAGGGCGCUGUGCCGGGCACACUUUUGCCCAACACCAGCCCAAAUGCACUUGGCCAGAGCGGCGUUUGCGGACUCAAUCUUAGCAAUGACGAACGACGUAAACGCAAUCGAACAUUCAUCGAUCCAGUCACCGAAGUACCCAAAUUGGAACAAUGGUUCGCCAUGAACACACAUCCAUCGCAUAAUCUCAUUCUCAAAUACACCGAAGACUUGAAUCGCAUGCCAUACAGGCAAAAAUUCCCUCGGCUCGAGAGUAAGAAUGUGCAAUUUUGGUUUAAGAAUCGUCGUGCAAAGUGUAAACGCUUGAAGAUGUCCUUGUAUGAUUCAACGCAUAUACCGGAUCUGGGUCCAUUUUCACAUUCAUUGAAACGUGAUUAAGGGCAUCGGUUGCCGCUAAUGAUGCUGAUGACAAACCGCAAUGCAAAACCGGAUGCUGCAAAACGAUAAAUGACAGCAUAUGUAAGCAAAAAAUGAUGAGGAGCAUUGUUUUUUUUUUAGAAAAAGUUAAAUCGAAAUUGAAUCGUGCACAUAAUUGCACAUUUGUAUUAGUUGCAAUUGGCGUCUAGAGAUAGCUCCAGCGUGAAUGUUAAUGCAAGUUUUUAUCUUGAAAAGAAAGUAAUAAAUAUUCCUCCAGUUUUUUUUUUCUAUUAGUAUUACUCUUAUUCAUAUCUAGAGAAUAAUAAUUAAAAUAUACAUCAAUUUGAAAUAGAUUUAGAGAUUUAGACGUAACAAGCAAAAUAAUUAGGAAAAAUUCUGCUCUGUCGUUUCGAAUGAUUAGUCGUGGUUGAUUUUCCCAAAUCUCAAAGAGGGAAAGGGAGAAAUGAAAAGCUUGUCCAAAACAUUUUAAAGAGAGAGAGAGAGAGUAGCAGCAACAAUAAUCUCCAUUGCCCGUGGAAAGUGUCUCUCGUUAGAAAAAUAGAAUAACAUUUCAAUUAAAACAAAACAAACAUUUAAAGCAAGAAAAAAAAAUGGAUGAUGGACUUGAUGUGCUUCUGAAUUCACCAUGCAAAUGGACAAGGACACAUGCGUGAUGAUGAAAUGACGUUCCAUUUCGUGUGGCCCAUACAAAUAUCGUAACAAUUCUAUUGAAUCGGAUAUUUGAAUAGCUUUUAGUAAAUAUUCGCUAAUGUUAUAAAUAUGAAUAAAUCGAUUGAGGAAAAUCAUAGAUUUUAAACCCAUUUCACUUGAAUGAUAAUGAUAAUGACGAUGACGAUAAUGACGAUAAUGACGAAAAUAUCAAUUAGCCAAAGAGAAACUUAAAUGACACAACCACCAUCCAUUUUCAUUCGUAAUUUUCACUAUAAACAUAAUCAUAAUUAUAAUCUCUGUCUCUCUUUCGCUGUAUUGGAUUCGAGUACAAUAUAUUCAACGUAUUUUAUUAGAAUUAGAUUCCCGAUGCAUUUUUUCGAUACAUUUAACGCACUCCGAUUAUUGUUCUGAUCGAGAAAAAAAAGCGACAUGAAGGGUUUUCAGCGUUAAAAUGCAACAGAGAUGCAUCAUCUCGUAUUCUGUUGUUGUUUCGGCUUCGCAAAUUUAUGGAUGCACAGGUACACUGUGCAAAUCUGUUAAGUUGCCUGUGUAUUGCACGGUGCACAUGCAUUCUAAUUAACAUAGACUUUGAUACUCGCGACGAUGAAAGCCAAUGACUUUCUAAUCCGAUAUCUUCCUUCAACCAGCUGAAACAACCACUUAUGAUUAUCUUUUUACACGUGGAACGUACACGGUUUUGAUUUGAUACGGCAUGCAGUGGAACACAUUUUUGACUGACACUUUCAAAUCGAGUAAAGCAGGCAAAACCAUUGCUCAAAAACCGUCAGAUAUUUGAAUUUCGAAGCAAAACUUUAAAUAUUUGAAUAGGACAAAAAGUCGUUAAUUUUAUCAUUCUCGAUUUGAUUUCUGUCAUUUUCAUUUAAUUCGGAAUUCUUUGAAAAAAAGUUUUUUCGCUUUUCUUCGAAAAAAAGUUUCAAACUUCAAAGCGAAAUGCUUUUCGGUUAGGGCAAAAGCACUUGUCUCUUCUGAAGAGAAUCGAGUCGCCUGAUGAAAAAUGCAGCAAUUUUAAGAUCACAAACUCAGCAGUGCUGAGUCAACACCUAUGUCAUCUUUUCAGAUUAUGAAAAAGCGCCAUUUCAAACGGGAAAAAUCAGAAUAUUGAGGAAAGACCUGGUUGGGGAGAAACAAUUCGCAAAUGAGAAGAGAUAAGAAAACUUCUUUACUAGAGAAGAGAUAAGAAAAGAGUUUUCAUCAAUGCACUAACUACUUUUCAUCAACUGCAAACGAAAAAACAAUGCAAUUGUUUCAGUAGCCCCAAAUUCGUCGGAAUUAAUGUGAAAGAUUCCUUCAAAACGAACGUUUUGUGUUUCAAACAUUUUCGUUCUGUUCUAUGCAACACGAGAGUCGCGACAAAAACAAAAACAGAAGCAAAAAAACCUUAUCUAAAAAUAUGAAUCUAGAAAAUGCAAUGCAUACUUAUCCAUAUCAAAAUGAGUAAACUAAAUAACACUUAAAUGUAAUUUGAUAAUUCGAAUAGUGAUCAUGCACCUAAGAUCAGAUAAAAAAAAACAAAAAAAAAACAAGAUAUUUAUAAAUGUCUGACCGGGAGAUAUCCAUUCGGAUGCAAAAGAUUGGCCACAGGCGAUUUUUUUUUAGGAAUGUAUUAGAUAUAAAAAAAAACAAUGGAUAGCAUCGAUUUCAAUGAAAAGAUAAAACAAUCGGCUCUACAUAUUGCAUGUAAAGGAGUUUUAAAAAAAGACGAAAAAAAUAACUAUGAAGCCAAACGAUAUUUUAAUGGAAAUUAUCGAUAGAUUUAAAUGCAAUUGUAAAAGUUCAUUGAAAAUAGGACACAAACACAAAUUUUAAGUAUUUGCAUUAAAAAAUAACAACAACACACAACAAAA